AUGGACAAGCCUCGCUCCAAUCCGCCCCGGAGUGCCCGGCCCCUGAACUUCCAGCCACCACCACAACCAUCUUCCGCUAGCUCCUCCUCCUCCAACUCUCAACCUCCUCAAUCCCCAUCCCCAUCACCAUCACCAACACCACCACGCCGCCGCCGCCCAUCAUCGCGCCCCCGCCCAUCAAUACAACGUCGCCGCCGCCGCCGCAGCCCAUCACCACCACACCAAGGAGUCUUGCGCGCGCUUGCCCUUCCACCACCACCCAGAAUGCCGAAGAACUCUGCUGUCCUGGACGCCUUCCGUCAUGCGGAGGAGGAGGCUGACGAGGAGGCCCGUCGCGAGACGGUGGCUCCACCUCAACCUCCUCCGGUACGCAUGGCGGUUGCGUACGCGGCGCCUGCGAUCCCUCGUUCGAAGCCCCAGAAGCGUCCCAGAAGUGAGGCUGGUGACGCCGACUCUGGUAUGUAUCUCUUUCCAUUCGUUCAUUACUUGAUCAUUGAUUCAUCUACUGACAAUUCUACAGGCACCUCUCACGGCGGCGACGAGCACCAUCGUCGUCGCCAGCAACCCGUGCCAUAUCGUGCAGAUAUCGGCCGCUUCUUCGGCGAAGAGCCGAGGAUGGGCACUUCUCAAGGGGCAGUCUCUGCCACAAGUCCUUCCCUUCGGGGUCAAGGCAACUUUCGGGAGGACCCCUCCGAUCCGGAGGAGGAUGAGGAUGAGGCCGAGAGAUUCAAGUUCGAGGCGGAGUUGAUCAAGCGUCGGGAGGUGGAGAGCUUGACGGCGGGGACAUAUCAACGUAGCAUACGCCGUCAGCAUCAUCUCCCCCUCCCGGUCGGCUACAAGCCAAGAGUCGCUCGUCCUUUUGCUGUCGACGCCGAGUCGGCCCAGUAUGCUCUCGAGAACGAGUAUGCUGCCGUCCCAACAGACCGUUUGCCAAUCGAGCUCCAGGAGCAUGCUCGCGCCCGUCGCCACGACGACUUGGGGUCUGAGUAUCGCAAAUGGAAGAGCGCUGGACAUGGGGACUUUGCCAACUUACCGGUGCAAACACCAGCACGUCAAACCCGACCCACUGCCGCCACUUCUCCUUCCGUUCCUCCCAACCCAUUUGGGUCCCUGACCGCAAACAAAGGUAUGAGAGGUAUCAUCGCACGUCACGAACGAGAGAAACGGAUGCGGGAGGCAUCUAACACCCCGACCUCAUCACCAGCUCUCUCUGGAAACCCUGUCGCCGGCCUCGCUCAAGGUAGUCAGGCAUACAAUCCUGGAGUCGUACCAAGUCCCAAUCCUCCAGUACACGCGUCUCCUCCAGAGAUGAGCUUCCGAGUCAACGGUGUCAUCCAGCAAGACCCAUUGUACAACUCCGUCAAGCACCUUAUGAAGACCCAGGCAACUCCUCAAAUCCCAGAUGUCGUCUUCUACAAGGCCAUGUGGCUCGCCGAGUUCAACAGCGAGGCGGUUCGUUCGGACCAAUCGCUCAACCUUCCAAAGAUGUCGCUCGAUCGCAAUACUGGUGUCAAAUUCCUCGCCGCUCAUUGGACUCCUCGCGAUCAAUUCACCAUCCCCAACAUCGUCACUUUCAUCAACCACGCGUAUCAUUUCGCUGGCUACGCCAAACUCGAUGGUCCUGAUAUUGAUAACGCGCGGCUUGUUCUCGCUCCCGAAACUUUGACAAUGCGCUUCAAGCUGGAGAUGAAUCGUUCAAACAGAGCUCCACAUCACCAGAUGAGUGUUGUGCCUAUCACACGAAACACCUGGGAAGAGGUCAAGGACUACACCGAUUAUGACAAUCUCGUCUACGGAACCUUGUUCAUUGAUUUCGGCGUUCGUCGUACUGAUGAGCCUGAAAAUCAGAAAGGGGGAUUUAUUCCGGGGAGUGCUUACGGUCGUGGAAGAAAUAUUACGGCGGAUAGAUGA